AAAAUCGAACCAAUAUCUCUACGUGAAAAUAUCUUCCGAACAUUGUUUGUCGUAUCCACGACCAAAUACGUCUACUCAACAAGUUUAUCCAUGGCUCCCUUGUUGUGUUCUGAGGAUGGCUGUAGCGAUGACAUUUUGCCCUUCCCGCCGGCUCUCUACAUGCGCGGCUGCUCCGAUUCGAAGCACAAAGAAGCUGCUGUUGGCGAAAGGGAAGCAGCAAAGAAUGCUGGUGCUGGGGCCGCCGCAAACAGUCCUUGGCGAGAAAAUCAUGAUGAACUACUUGACUACACGACAACCGAACAGGAGGGGCAUGAUCAUCGCGGUCUUGAAAUAAAAAUUUGUGCUGGAAAAAAUAGUACCACCAGCGACAAUUGUCAAACUGCAUCGAAGACAAAGCAGACUCGAAUCGGCACAACAACUCCGGCGGCGUGUAAUCGCCGCGAUCCUGAUGAACAAAGCUUGAAGCUGACGUGCCAACUGGAAGCUGCGAGAACCAACAACCAGCACCACGAGCUGCUGCAACACGAGCAGCGCCAGCAGCACCAGAAAAAUAAUAGCUCGGCGGCUUUGAAAAAGAAAAUGAUUGCCAAUUCCUCCGUUGCAUUGGACGUAGAGCCGUCUCGGCGCAACGGGUGGCAGCGGCCCUUGCGGAUCGCCCAGAUUGCUUCCUGGUGGAUUUUUGGGUUGGACAUGGUCCUGAUAUCCUGGUUUCUGUUCCCGCAAUCACUCGCCUUACUGUCGUCCUCCGCCCCCGCAUCGACGAACAAAGCACUAGCCAUUUGCCUCGUCUGCUGCAACGUUGGUUUUUACCUCUCGCUUUUGGUGCUCUACGUCGCAGCCUACUUGGCCCACGAGAUCGACCCAGCGGACCCCCUGGCCCCAGCCGAUCGCCGCUACCCCGAGCGCCGGAAGGACGGUUUGUGGAAAAGGUUUGUGCACAAACUGGUCACCGAGUACUGCGUCAAACUCUGUGUUUCUCUCGGGUCGGCGUUUUGCGGCUGCGUCGCGAUUGUGCAUUGCAAAAAUGUCUGGGUCUGGAAGAAUACAAACUUGUGAUGCGCAUUUCAGAACACAGAAAGAUCUCUCAUGCAUAGGUAGCAAAAGCUGGCCACUUUCUGUGACCAAAAUGGGGGAUUUGUCAUGCGGAUUCGGCAUUACGGAAGCUUUUCGACACCUGUGACGCUAGAGCUUCCAUGCCAGCCCUUCUGUGUCAUGCAAAAACAGCAUGACUCUUCCAGAUCCAGACCCAGACACUUUUACAUUUGAUAGCGAUACUGGUGAACGGGCACCAGCGGGGGCUUCUCGCGGCGGGGAGGAAAAAAAAGCUGUACCAGCAGAAGGUCGGUGUUGAUGUCGUGGAAGACGACGAUAAAAAUGAACAAAACCACUGCCACCGUGAAGAUCAUGGGACGAAAGCAGGGCAACAAGCAGUGCAGCUAGCAGAAAUUGAGGAAAAUGAUGACCAGGACCUCGACCUGUUGUACUGCACGAUUUGUCGCUCCAAGGUGCACAACAGUUCGAAGCAUUGCACGGAGUGCAACAAGUGUGUGCUGCACUUUGACCACCACUGCGUCUGGCUGAACACCUGCAUCGGAAAGAGAAACUACAAAUUCUUUGCCGUCGCCAUCUGCGCCGUGGCGGUGGUGUGCACCAUGGUAAACUUGAUCGUGUUCAUCCUGCUACACUUGUACCUGAACAUGGAAAUCGACGAGGAUCAGCACAGGAGCAGGGAAAAUGAAAAUAACUCCAACCUCGUUCUCCUCGAGAGCCCGACUGUGUCCGAACUCCUGUGGUCCAAGUGCGGCCCGGAACAGAGCGAUGAUCGUCACGUGGCCUACUUCUGUUCCGCGUUGCAUCCCACGCUCUACGCCGUCCUUCUCGUCAUCAACCUGCCCUUCUGGUUCCUAAAUAACCAACUCUGCUUGUUGCACUUGUACCUCUGGUGGAACGGUUUAACAACGUACGAGUACAUCAUGAUCAAGCUUGAACGAGAGCUCCAAGCAGAGAGACGGAAAGCAGAAAGACAACUGGAGCAGAGCAGAGAGCGGACCUACGAGAAGAGCAGCGCGAAAAAUACUGCUGCUGCGGAAGGAGGAGGAAGUGCGGGCGAGGACCAGGACCAGAUCGUGAUGUUCCUCAAGUCGGGACGGAGACUUUCGGUAAAGCGGUCGCUGAAGGCCUUGCCUGCGGUUUGUGACUGGUUUCUCUUCCUGAACAAAAUGAACGGCAAGAAGAAAAACAAGAACGCAAGCAUGAUUUCCGCUGCAGGAGAAGGUGCUGGCGCGACGACGUCUGCCAAGGUAGAGGGAGGGGACUCUUCUGGAGCAGUGUUGCAGACCGCGGAUGCCUGUGUUAGUGCUACUUCACGGGUGGAGCUGCUGGCGCAACAGAGUCACAAGGCAGACAAUUUUGAUGGGCACCAUCAACAUUCCUGUUUUUCGCGACCAUCUUCAUCGAGCAGCGGCAGCGGGACGGAGGGCGGGUCCGCGUCGGCCUCUGGUGCAACGAACAGCAACCAGAGCGAUUUAAUAUUCCACGCAGAGGAGAGCGAAAAGAAAACAUCAAAGACAAGCCUAAGUAGUAGUACCAGGGGGUGGAAGGACAGAGGUAAGGCAAGUGAAGUGGCGACCAACUCGUCUGGUCCCGCAUGUCUGUGCGGUAAAAACUACACGAACCAUGACAGGACAGACAUCGUUGAUGGUCGCGUAAGGCCUGCUGUUACAAGUAGCCCAAAGCACAGCACCGGUAGAAGUGGUACUGGGCCGCACGAGUGUAGUAGUACUUCUGAUGUCGCUGGCGUUUCGAUGCUGAGCAUCGAUGUAAAUACGGAGGAAGAAGUAAGUAGAUGUUAACCGUCAGGUAGUAUUUUGACGGUGCACGAAACAACUUCACAAACUUUGAUUUGCAGUUUUAUGUCUCGACUGCCCGCACCAGCGCUGCACUUUCACCUGGAUUGCUUGCUGCACGUUCGCGCAGAGCUUUUUGUUACCUUGUACCCAAGUCGUGAUACAAUUACAACCGCAACUCUCAUUCUGGCAUUGUCGCCGAUCUGGAUGAGGAUCGUACUCCUGGACAAUGAUCCCCUCUACCACUCUCCGCCAUCGGUAAGAGAUUCUGGGAUUUGUCUGAUGCGACGUUAAAACUGUUGAUGAUUUGUCUUAUGUGCUCUGAAACUUGUUGAUGAAAACGGUGAUCUGUUGUGAUGAUGAAGUUGAGCUGGUC